AGCGUCCAGCUCACCCGCAUUCCUCCUCUGUCGACAGCCUGGCUGAAGCGGAGUGAGGCACAGGAAGAAAAGGAGGCCAUUAAAGAAGUAUGAGAAGACCUCAAAUUAUCUUUUUUGUCUUCCCAAAGGCACCAGUGCUGGACGGAUUUUUAUAAAUCAGGAAUAGUGGACUUUUCCAACGGACCUGGUUACCUUAUAUGGGCCGUGAAUAAAUAACAAGCACGUCAGGACUGUGGACUUUUGUACUCAAAGAGAAGAGUGACGUUCAACCACAGCGAAAAUUGCCUUUUGGCUUCCGUUUCGUCUUUAAUGUCGAUUUAAAAGACGGGAAACGUCGGCGAUACGACCUCCAACCUUUUCCACCGUGGAUAUCCUGUGUUUUUUUAAUAACAAGAUGGCUGAUGACAGCAGCUAACACGUCUAACAAGGACAGCGAAGAGACGUCCCUUUUUAAUACCUUCAUAUUUUUAUAUUCUAAGCGUGAAAUAGUUAAUAAUAUAUCAUAAAGAAAAGAAUGUCUUUGUUGUACGCAAUCAAGGGCCGCGUUUGUGACGAUUGUGCGCUUUAUAAUGUGUACCUGUGCUACAAAAUGGUGAGGUGAGUCGCUUCGCCUUUUUUCUCCCCCACGAUUUUUGUCGAGAUAAGUCGAUUAAAUAUGUUGUUGGUCGACGGCGGGGGCGAGAGCAGGCGAAUAAGCAGCACGUCGACGCAAGAUUGAAAUAGAAUCAUAAUUGUAAUUUUCUUAUGGGUGGGGGGUUUAUUCGAUCGAUGAGUGUCGAAGUGAGCAACAUUCCUGCGGAUCCUUAAGCUAAAUAAAAGCUCUUUUGUUCAGCAGCUUCGAUCGGAGCCUUUAAAAAGCGAUAACUAUGCAGUAAAACCGCAUCCAAAGCGACGGCCCGGCUAUGAUUUUAUGAUUUUUUCCCCCCAUCUAAUACGAUUAACAGGCCCUUUUGUUUUCGAGUGGAAAGUGCCACAGAGCCGCGGCCUUGUAUGUGUGCUAGUGUGGAUUAUUAUUCAUCUCAUGGAAAUGGCGUUUUCACGUCAAAACGAAACGGAGGCGUUAUUAAUCCGAGCCGGUUGUGGAUCCGUGUUGCGUUCACGGCCUCUGUGAGUUUAACCGAACAGAGACGAACCAAUCGUGUUGAUCCGUUUUAGCUUUUUUUUUUUUUUUUUUUUUUUUUUUUUUUUUUUGAGACAUUGACUGGGAAAAGGUCCAGAGUCAGGUUUUUAAUAAGAAAAAGAAGCGUUGUUAAUCAGGGUUUGGGAGCAGGUUAAUGAAUCAACCCCCAGGCAGCUGUCAGUGCACGUGCAGGAGGUCCUGUGCCCAUUUGCAUAUUGGGCUGCCCCUGGCUGAGUUAUCUGUGCCUUGUUUGGAUUCCAAGGUUUUACCUGCAGGCUCUUACUUCCUGUAGGCCACACACAAACAAGUCCUCUGUGUGUGUGUCACCGUUUACAGUAAUCUUGUAACGUCACUGUGUGAGUGUGUGUUCUCUGGUCAGUUUUCCGGAAGUUCCUGCAGCAAUAACUAUCAAGUCAGGGUGUCACUGUCAGGUUUUUUUUCUGGUAGGGAGGGUCGACUUUCAGACUGAUACCAGGAGGCGUUGUUGUAUGCCUGCCCGUGCCCCUAUCAUGGCUUCCGACAUGGCUGAGACGUGGAAGAAUUGCUUCGAGGAGGAGCUCAUCUGCCCCAUCUGCCUUCACGUCUUCUCCGAGCCCAUCCAGCUGCCCUGCAAGCACAACUUUUGCCGAGUGUGCAUAAGCGAGGCCUGGGCCAAGGACUCCACGCUGGCCCGCUGCCCCGAGUGCAACCACGCGUACAGCCCCAAGCCCAGCCUGGAGAAGAACCACAAGUUGUCCAACAUCGUGGAGAAGUACAACGCCCUCAGUGUGGAGAAGUCUCCUGUUCCACCGCCCCAGUGCAUCUUGUGCCGGCGCGGCCCCCCAUUGCCCGCUGUCAAGGUGUGCCUGCGUUGUAACGCGCCCUGCUGCCAGUCUCACGUGCAGACGCACCUGCAGCAGCCUUGCUCAGCACUCGGGCACCUCUUGGUGGAGGCCGAGGCGGUCAAGGCGUGGACGUGCCCGCAGCACGAUGAAUACCGGCUUUACCACUGCGAGGCAGAGCAGACCGCCGUGUGCCAGUACUGCUGCUUUGCCCGCUGCCACCCUAGCCACGGGCACGCCGUCGCCGAUGUGGAGCUGCGACGCAAUGACAUCAGACAAAGCCUACUGAGACAGGAGGAGCGCGUGGAGGAGCGCGUGCAGGAAAUUGAGGAGCAGCUAUGCAAGCUGGACUCGGAUAAGUGCGUGGUGGAGGACCGUGUGCUGGAGCUGAAAGAGGACGUGCGCCUGCAGUAUCAGCACAUGCACCAGCUCUUGGAGGAGGACCUGGGCCGCACGCUGGAGGCGCUGGAGCGGGCCCAGGCGCGUUUCUGCCAGGAGAACGCCGCCCAAGUCCUGGCGCUGGGCGAGCACCGGCACGAGGCGGGCAAGCUGCUGAGUUCCAUCAACAGGGCGUUUGGCAAGACCGAGGAGCUCGGAUUCAUGAAGAACACCAAGCAUGUCAAGAUCCUUAUCGAUAGGUCUCAGGCUUGUAUGGGCAACACUCUGCCCCCCUACAAGGUCGGCAGUCUAAACGCCAAGCUUUUCCUCUCAGAGAUUUCCAAGCGGGAGAAGAGUUUGAAGAGAAUGCUGGAAGCGCCGCUCACGCCUCCCGCCAUCUUCCUGCAGUCAGUCCCAGCCUUCCCGUGCGGCCAGAGCUCGGGAGCGGAGAAGCGCAAACAUUCCGCCGCUUUUCCGGAAGGAAACUCCGGAAAGAGUGGCGCGGUGAGUUUCAAAGACGCCCCCACAUCUUCCUCUUCCUCCUCGAGCAAGCAGCCCUACCUGGGCUCCUCCUCAUCCUCCGGGGAGGGUCAAUCCACCAAUCAGCCGUGCGGCCCGCCUCACAUCGCCGACGGCGCCAACCACCACUUCGGGUCCUCGCACUUCCCCCCAGGCGGAGGCGGCGCUACCGGGGGCUCCUCGCACUCCUCCCAGCAGGCCGUGCUGCCGCCGUACGGCGGGCGCAAGAUCCUGGUGUGCACCAUGGAUAACUGCUACUGCUCCGGGGUGCCCUCCGUGUCGGGCCACCGCGGCCACCCGCCGUACCCGCGCUCGGGCUCCUUCCCGUGGGUGAGCGCGCAGGACUACCCCCCGCCGCCCGGCCUGGCCUCCGGGGGGCCGUCCAUGCAGGGCUUAGCGAUGCGCGACUGGAUCGACGCCUCGCAGUCGCACAGACACACCGACUUCUACGGGCUGUACGGGCAGACCUCUGCAAAGCACUACGUCACCAGUUAACGCACACACACAGCCAAACAAAAUCCCCUGCUAUUCGCAAACUUGGCAGUGAAAGAUAAUAAUCCAAUGCCACUGACGGCUAUAAACGUCCAGUCCAUUUUGACUGUGAGAGAUGGCAGCAAACAGCCGGUCAAAAUGAAUUGAACAUCUAUCACUGUCAAUGAAUUUGAAAUACAUCACUUAACCCCUCAAAUAAGAUUACAAAUUUGAUUCGGGGGGGCGACAUAGUUUCCGUGAUAAAAUCCAAGAAACGUGUGUUUUUCUGUUAAGAAGACAGACAACAACUAGUGACCAUUUGAAAGACGGUUGCAUUCAAUAUUCAAGUAUGAAAAUUGAAAAUAAUGUUUAGCCCUUUAUAGGGCAAGUGACUAUCUUUGGGAAUUAAAAAAAAAAACACGAUAAGGCGUCUACAUACAUACGUGGCGCAGUGAUCGAGUAGUCGUACCCAACCCAGAGGUUGAGGGUUGAAUUCCUCGCCCUGGUGACCUUAUCGAAGUAUCCUUGAGCAAGAUACCGCGUCAUCAGUAGGUAAAUGAGGAUGUAGUGUCAAAGCGCUUUGAGUGCCUUGAAGGUGCAAAAGCGCUAUAAAGUCAAUUUUCAUAUGUAGACAUCACAUUUUGGGGUCCUGUAGCCCAAAUAUUCAUGUCCACGUAUGUAGACGGAAGGCAUAAUUUUUGUAAUAAUUAGCCAGCCACUUCCUGGAAAUCUUGGCUUUAAUCCCAUUUUUCUUACUGUAAAAUAUCACAAAAACUGUCCCUUCAGUUUUAAUAUUCUACUCUGACUUAAAGCAACACUAGGUAACUUUUCAACCUUUAUAGAAUUUUUUUUUUUAACAUUUGUGAUAUGUCGACUGACAACUAGUUGAAUUAUCUUUUAUGUCAUGAGAGGAUCUGUAUCACUUUCACUGGCACUAAUCAACUUUGCCACACAAGAAAAACUACAAAUGUGCUGACUGCUUUACAGCAGUGGUCACCAACCUUUUUUGCACCACGACCAGUGUAAUGUGGGCUUUUUUUUCACGGGCCGGCAAUGUGUGGCCAUAGACUUCAUAAUGAUAUUGACGGGGCGCUGGGCCGAUUAAGAGAGGGCCUGCGUUGUUGGCGUGGCCGUCAAAGCUGAUGAGUGGAAUCACAAAGUUUUUUUUUCGUUGAAAAUGCUUGUGAAUAAAUGCUUAAAUCCCUGAAUUCUUUAUAGAAAUAGAUGUAAAACAAUCUGGAUUCUUGGCUAAAAGCAAAAAAAAAAAGUGCAUUAAGCAUUUAUUUUACGCAAAUAUGUCAGUACAAUGCUAGUCUGUGGCGGCUGCCAUCUGUAAACAGGUUUUCCAGUGAAAAUUCUUGUGAAUAAAUGCCUAAAUCCCUGAAUUCUUUAUAGAUAUGGACGUAAAACAGUCGAUUCUUGGUUAAAAGCACAAAAAAAAAAUGCAAUUUGCAUUUAUUUUACGUAAAUAUGUCGAAGUAUGAUGCUAGUCUGUCAGUCAAUGAGGCGGCCGCCAUAUGUAAACAGACCUUUUCCGGUGGAAAUUCUUUUGAAUAAAUGCUUAAUUGCCUGAAUUAUUUAUAGAUAUGGAUGUAAAACAGUCUCGAUUCUUUGUUAAAAGCAACAACAACAAAAAAACGUUUAACGAUGCUACUGUUGGUCAAUGUGGCGGCCGCCAUAUGUACACAGAGCUUUUCCGGUGAAAAUUCUUGUGAAUAAAUGCUUAAAUCCCCGAACUUUCUAUAGAUAUGAACGUAAAACCGUCUCGAUUAUUUGUUAAAAGAGCAAAAAAACAGGCAGCAUUUAUUUUACGUCAAUAUGUCGAAGAAUGAUGCUAGUCUGUUAGCCGUUGUGGCAGCCCCCUUAUCACAACAGAGCUUUUCCGGUGAAAAUUCUUGUGAAUAAAUGGUUAAAUCCCCAAAUUUUUUUAUAGAUCUGAACGUAAAACAGUCUCAAUUCUUUGUUAAAAGAGCAAACGGGCAGUUCGCCAUAUUUAUGUAAAAUAAAUGCUAAGAAUGACGCCAAUGCCAUAGCGGUUAAUUUCUCACGUUGAUUUUUUUCACAACUUGUGGCAUUUUUGUGGCAAAAUCCAUUUUGCCACAUGGCAAAAAAAAAACCACAUGGCAAAAUCUAUUUUGCCAAAUACCAAAAAAAGUCACCUGUCAAAAUUCAUUUUGCCACGAAAAUGCGACAUGACAAAAUUCCUUUUGCCACAAAAAAGCCACAUGGCAAAAAAAAAUGCCACAUGGCAAAAAAAAAAAAAAACACCAUAUGAAAAAAAAAAUCCCACGUGGCAAAAUCCAUUUUGCCACAUACCAAAAAUAUGUCACUUGUCAAAAUUCAUUUUGCCACAUACCAAAAAAAAUGUUACUUGUCAAAAUUCAUUUUGCCACGAAAAUGCGACAUUUGCCACAUAAAUGCCACGUGGCAAAAUCAAUUUUGCCACAUGGCAAAAAAAAACGCCAUAUGGCAAAAAAAAAAAAUGCCACAUGGCAAAAUCCAUUUUGCAUUGAUUUUUUUCCACAACGUUUCAAAAUGCAUGCAUGGUACGAAAAAUAUAAUUACCUUGAAUCCUUGAACAAAUCCCUCCUGAGACAAUCCUUCCUGUUUGUAUGCAGUACAGCUUUUGUACUUUUAUUCUAAAUCCGGCGUUAAAUCGCUGCAUUUGUUGCUGCAACCCACUGCGAAUAACUGAAGUGGACUGUAGGACAGCCCUCUUCUUGAAGGCAUUGCGCAGUGGCUGACUGAAAUGAAUCGUCAAUACAAUUAUGAAGUCUAUGGUGUGGCAGAAAAUGACAGUAAAUAUAACACCGCAAGGCUAAAAAUGAAUAUUAAGUGCAGGGAAAAUUUCACUUACCAUACACUGAAUAACCUUUUUAUAACAGCGGCUGCUCCUAAAACUUGUCGGCAAAUAUCUGUGGUCGCAAACAUAAUGAGUUCUUCUCCAAUCGUGAAAGGUUUCUUCGCUUUAGCAAUACAGUUCGCCAUGAGAUGAUUCUCUCAGUGCAUUUGCUUUUGUUGCCUCGUUUGCUAGCUUUUAGCCACAUAUUAUACAGAAUGGAUUUGGUUUCUAGGCUCCUCUUCUGGCUCAGCAGGUGGCCUUUUUCCCCGUAAAAAAAGCUGUCCAAAGAUGUCGCCGCCCGCAGUCAACAGCAGCUAAAGUUACUGUUUACAUUAACUGGUGCUAAGCUGCGGCCAACCACUAGAUGGCAACCUAUACAAAUAUUUACUCGGAUCAGUCUAUAGAGUAGACAGGGAUAUUAACGUGUCUACAGCCACAGGCCAGAUUGAAGUCAAUUUUUUUGUUACUCUGUGGCCCGGUAUCAAAUGCGCAGUGCCCGGUGGUUGGGGACCACUGCUUCAAAGCAUAUGUCACUUCCCCCUUUCCCCGUUCAUUAUAAAGCCUAAGUCUGUGCUAACGCUUUUGCGCAAACUCUGCAAAGAUGGCAGAGCAACAGAGACAAAGUUUCAGCAGAACCGAGAACCAAAAGUGGUAAUUGCCAUGUGGCAAAAUGGAUUUUGCCAUGUGGCAUUUUUUUGGGGGGCAUGCGGCAAGAUGGAUUUUGACAUGUGGCAUUUUUGUUGCCAUGGGGAAAAUGGACUUUGGUUUGUUGCAUAUUUUUGAGGGGGUAUACGGCAGUUUUGAAGGCCAUGCCCGUCCAAAUUUUCCAUUUUAAAUGGCAGAAAAACGUGUGGCUGAUUUUUGACCAUACACUUAGCAUUACAGCGCAUUGACAUUAAACUGGCACCCAAGUCAGGCUAUGCCAUUGACGGCUAUGCAAGUCCAUAUUUUCCAAAAUUCAUUUUGCCACAUACAAAAAAAAAAUGUCACUUGUCAAAAUUCAUUUUGCCACAAAAAUGGCAUGUGGCAAAAUCAAUUUUGCCACAUGGCAAAAAAAAAAAAAAAAUGCCCCAUGGCAAAGAAAAAAUGACACAUGACGGGAAAAAAAAAAUGCCGUAUGGCAAAAUCCGUUUUGCCACAUGGCAAAAUCCGCUUUGCCACAUACCAAAAAAAGUCACCUGUCAAAAUUCAUUUUGCCACGAAAAUGUGACAUGACAAAAUUCAUUUUGCCACAAAAAAGCCACGUGGCAAAAUCAAUUUUGCCACAUGGCAAAAAAAAAAAAACACCAUAUGGCAAAAAAAAUGCCACAUUGCAAAAUCCAUUUUGCCACAUGGCAAAAUCCACGUGGCAAAAUCCAUUUUGCCACAUGGCAAAAUCCACGUGGCAAAAUCCAUUUUGCCACAUACCAAAAAAAAUGUCACAUGUCAAAAUUCAUUUUGCCACAAAAAUGCGACAUUUGCCACAAAAAGGCCACGUGGCAGAAUCAAUGUUGCCACAUGGCAAAAAAAUGCCCCAUGGCAAAAAAAAAAAUGCCACAUGGCAAUAAAAACGCCAUAUGGCAAAAAAAAAUGCCACAUGGCAAAAUCAGUUUUGCCACAUACCAAAAAAAUGUCACUUGUCAAAAUUCAUUUUGCCACAAAAAUGCAACAUUUGCCACAAAAAUGCAACAUUUGCCACAAAAAUGCCAUGUGGCAAAAUCAAUUUUGCCACAUGGCAAAAAAAACGCCAUAUGGCAACAAAAAAAAAUGCCACAUGGCAAAAUCCAUUUUGCCACAUGGCAAAUACCACUUUUGGUUCUCGCCUUCUCUCCAAAGUUGUCUAAGGAGAUGAAAGGGCAGCUACCAGGAUGUACAAAAUAAACAUUAGCCCAGCUCUUGCUGGCGCGACGCCCCCAACCGAACCACGGGGGUUAGCCUCAACUUAUUACUUUUCAUCCUUAACACAGUCGCUGGAAACAGAAAUGUUGUUUAAUUUGUCUGCAAGCGACCAUGAUUUUACGACACUACGCGGGUGUGCUCUGAUCCUCAUGGGAAACGCAGUCUUCCUUAAGGCAAAACAGUACCGCUUUUGUCCACCGGCAUCGCUAAAAUCGACCAACUGAAAAGUUACCAAUUGUUUCUUUAAGUCACACCUGAGUAUAAGUCGCAGCCAAAAUAUGAAAAUACGAUAGUUGUUCGAAACGCUCUCUUGUCGGCAAACUUACUUGAUUCUAAUGUACUACUUUCCCAUAAAUUAAUAAAAAAGACCCAAAUACAAACUUGACUGAGAAGCACGAAUACGCAGGGGAUGACUCCAGACUGCUUUAAAGCCGUUAUAGCCUACACACACAUUCAAACCACACCUCUAAAAUACAAUGUAUACACAUUCGGGGGCAGGGUCGAUCUCUUUAUUUUGACUUUUCUUUUCAGUGUCGUAAAAUGUACGUUUGACAAAAAGGAAAAAAGACUUUUAAAAAAAAAAAAAUCGGAGUGGCCAUUUUGAAAGACUCAAAAGGCGGGAAGAGAAGGAGAAGGGAUGAUGUAUUUUUUAUUUAUAGAGCGAGAGAUGGAAUUGAACUUUUAAGAAGCGGGGAAAUUCCCACAAGUGUACCCGGUUGGCGUCUACCGAUGUCAGUUGCCUUACGUUGUCACGGAUUUUUUCCCCUCCCUGUGUCUUGGCACUUGUUACUGCUUCCUACGCUCUUCCACCGGACUCCCAUAAUGCACUUGGACGCUUUUUGUUUUUUUGUUUACCAACUUCACGGGAAAGUUCCAUUUUGAACGAGAGACUUGGUGCGCGCCGGGACAGGCCGAACCAAUCAAGCGGCGCUGAAUAACCCACUUCCUUUCAGGGCGACGAUGUCACUUCCUCCCAAUAAGCACACUCACUCACACAUAGGCGUGCGCGCUUGCUCUUUGCUUCCUGUUUGCAGUGUGCAAAGGAAGUUUAUUUUUAUUUUUUUUAAGCACUCAGAAGAAGAGACAAUGUAUGCAGUUAAAAAAGUGUGUAUGAUGAUUGACAUCCAUUUUUUCUAAAAGAACGAAAACAGACUGGUCAUCCUUCUUUGAAUAGAAGCAUUUAACGACGCUCGACUUAAAAGCGAAAGGACAAAAAUAACAACUUGAAAGUAUCUUUUUGUAAAUAUUUUGAGAAAUGGAAAAGUGACAUGAUGUGGUUUGGAGGAAAAUUCCAAAUAAAGAAAUUAAAA